AUGCAGCAUGAGAAAGAAAAGCCUCCCGCUAACAAGGGCAGAGAGAGGUUGUUCCCAAGUCCCACCUUGUUGUCUGUACUCCUGGCGGCGUCGGCGCAAAGCAGGUGCACUGCUUUGGUGUGCUCUUGCUAUGCACCAUCAAGGAAUUCUGGCAACACCAUCCAGGACAACAAGAAGAAGAAGCAAUCAGGGGCAGAAGGAGAAGUUGAUAAUCAUGAAUUACAAGGUCAAGGCGACAGUACUGGGAGCUGUGGGUCUGAUGGGCCUCUCAAGAGCAAUCUCAAGAAAACUACAUUAGUACUGGGGGAGAAUCAGCUGAGGACAGCAAAGAGGAAAGUUACUUGGCCUGAUUCUCAGGGUAAAGAUAUUGCUCAUGUCCAAGAAUUCGAACCCAGUGUGUUGGAAGAUGGGGAACUUGAGGGAGUUAGGAACUCCUGCAUUUGCGCAAUUCAAUGAAACAAGAAGAAGCUGAAGGUAUGCAUCCUGCUUCUCAACUAAACCAAGUGUAUUAUGCUUUUGUUUUCCAAUAUAUAUGUUAGUAUUUAAUUAGAGUUAGCUAAAGUACCAGCCUUCAAUUCGAAGUGCAACAAGUAAAGAACAUACUUUACCUUCAAAAUAAUGCCUUCUGCUGCUAUUUGGGGAAGGUAUGACUCUGAACAUCCUACAAAGUUCUCAGAACCCCUAUCAAUCUAACAAAUUAAAUGUGACCCUGGACUGACGUCUUCAUUAAUGCUCUAAAAGCUGUGUGGAUGGUUGGUCUUCAUUAAUGCUCUAAAAGCUGAUGUCUGGAACAAGGCAAAAGCAAGCGCCUCCAUAACCAGAGACAAGAGCAUGGGAGGCUUUCAUUUUUUUCCUCUUUUUUUGCAGUCCUUUUACAUAAAACAUAUGUGCAUUAAUGUAAUAUUAGGAAUAGUAACAUCCAAAGGCUGCACAUAAAGUGGCCCCCCAAAUCAUUCAUGCACUCACUGGAGGAACAUGUUCACAUGUUAGG